AUGAUUUCUCGCGCCUUAAAACAGGCCGAACAAAACUAUGCCACUAACGAAAGAGAAUUGCUGGCCAUUGUGUGGGCUUUAGGCAGAUUGCAGAACUUUCUGUACGGUUCUAGGGAAAUUAACAUUUUCACGGACCACCAGCCGCUCACGUUCGCUGUGUCGGACAAGAACACGAAUUCCAAGAUUAAAAGAUGGAAAUCUUACAUUGACCAGCACAAUGCCAAAAUGUUUUAUAAACCGGGCAAAGAGAAUCUGGUGGCGGAUGCCCUUUCAAGGCAAAACAUUAAUGCUCUGCAAGAUGGGCCCCGUUCGGACGCUGCAACCGUUCACAGCGAACUUUCCCUGACCUACACGGUCGAGACAACAGACAAACCUUUGAAUUGCUUUAGGAACCAGAUUGUCCUAGAGGAAUCGCGUUUUCCGCUAAAGCGAAACUUGUUGCUGUUUCGCAGCAAAACACGCCACUUGAUCAGUUACACUGACAAGAGCACAAUUCUCAAAACCCUCAAAGAAGUUGUGAAUUCUGGAGUCGUUAAUGCAAUACAUUGCGAUCUUCCCACGUUGGCAAGUUUCCAACACGACCUGAUUUUGUAUUUCCCUGCUACCCAAUUCUGGCAUUGCAAAAAUCUUGUGCAAGAUAUAACGGACAAAAACGAGCAGUUAGAAAUCAUCACUGCCGAGCACAAUCGAGCGCACAGAGCAGCUCAGGAAAACAUUAAACAAGUACUUCGGGACUAUUAUUUUCCCAAUAUGGCCAGUUUGGCCAAAGAAGUGGUUGCAAACUGCAGGGUCUGCACUAAAGCCAAAUACGAUAGGCACCCGAAGAAACAAGAACUCGGGGAAACACCUAUACCAAGUUAUACUGGCGAAAUAUUGCAUAUUGACAUUUUUUCGACAGACAAGAAACAGUUCUUGACCUGCGUAGACAAAUUCUCAAAAUUUGCAGUCGUCCAACCGAUAUUAUCCAGAACGAUAAUCGAUGUCACAAGCCCUCUACUGCAAAUUGUUAACCUUUUCCCCGCAACCAAGACAAUUUAUUGCGAUAACGAGGCGGCCUUCAAUUCCGAGACCAUCACUUCGAUGCUCCGAAACGCCUACGGCAUUUGCAUUGUGAAUGCGGCUCCGCUUCACAGCACCUCAAACGGCCAGGUGGAGCGCUUUCAUAGCACCCUGACCGAAAUUGCGAGAUGCCUCAAGUUAGACAAGAAAAUCAGCGACACUACAGAAUUAAUCUUAAAGGCUACGAUAGAGUACAACAAAAGUUUGCACUCAGUAACCCGCGAGAAACCAAUUGAGGUCGUUCAUGCAGCAGCUUCUGAUCGUCGCGGGAACGUCAAAAACAGGCUAAUUAAGGCACAGCAAGACAAUAUCAAAAGGUGCAAUGCAUCCAGGCAAAACCGCGUUUUCGAGAACAAAAGGUCGAAGCAGACCUGGGAACCCAACUCAGAGUUUAAACACCGUCUUAUAUUGUUCGUCCAUUUCAGGUUUGCACUCACUUUGCUUGUGGCACUAGCAGCGGUAAAUGCUCGGAUCACCGACUUCUCGCAUGCCAACUACAUUCCGGUCUUAGACGGGGAAGUACUGGUGUUCGAUCAACGUAGCUACUUGAGGCACUCAAGUAACAUUUCUGAAUUUGUUAGUAUGGUAGACGAGACGGAAAGACUGUCCGAUUCCUUUCCACAGUCGCAUAUGCGCAAACUACUAGACGUAGAUACAGAUCAUCUUAGAACAUUGUUGUCCGUUCUUCAAGUGCAUCACAGAUUUGCACGAAGCCUCGAUUUCUUAGGCACUGCCUUGACUGCCUUAAGCGUUACAGAGACGCAGUUGGUGGAGGCUAACUCCAAACAGAUACUAAUAAACUCCGAAACUCAAAAACAAAUAAACAGACUAACGGACACUAUCAAUAAAAUUAUCAGUUCCCGCAAAGGCGAUUUGGUUGACACUCCUCAUUUAUUCGAGACACUGUUGGCAAGAAAUAGAAUACUGAACACAGAAAUUCAAAAUUUAGUACUCACCAUAACGUUGGCAAAAGCAAACAUAGUAAAUCCUACAAUCCUUGAUCAUACCGAUCUAAAAUCACUUAUCGAACAAGAUACCUCAAUAGUUAGCUUAAUAGAAGCUUCUAAGAUCAAGGUCCUUCAGUCCGAGAAUAUUAUCCACAUAUUAAUAGCCUACCCUAAAGUUGAGUUUAGGUGCCAAAAGGUCUCCGUCUACCCCGUUUCACACCAACAAACCAUUCUGCGACUCGACGAGGACACGUUGGCGGAAUGCGAAAAGGAUACCUUUGCAGUUACUGGAUGCACCGUAACUACGCAUAACACCUUCUGCGAACGAGCACGGCGCGAAACCUGUGCUAGCUCCCUUCACGCGGGAAACAUCGCCAACUGCCACACUCAACCUAGCCACCUGAAAGCGAUAAUGCCUGUAGAUGACGGCGUCGUGGUUAUCAACGAAGCGACAGCGCGCGUCCGAACAGAUGAUGACGCAGAGGUAACCGUCUCAGGAACCUUCCUGAUAACUUUCGAACGGUCUGCAACUAUCAAUGGCACAGAAUUUGUAAACUUGCGCAAAUCACCAAGCAAGCAGCCUGGCAUCGUGAGGUCACCGCUCCUAAACAUCAUCGGACAUGACCCGGCACUAAGCAUACCACUCCUGCAUCGUAUGAACAUCAACAACUUGCUAUCAAUUCGAGAUUUCAAGGAGGAGGUAGUUGCGGCUGGCUCGCCUAAAUUCUGGUUCGCGGUUGGUGCGGUCCUGAAUGUCGGACUAAUUGGCUCAUUCUUCCUUUUUCUGGUGCUAAGGAAAAGACGAGCCUCCAUGCAGAUGCAGAAGGCGAUUGACAAACACGACAUGCCCGAGGACGGUCAUCAUCCUGAGGGGGGGUAG